GCCCCGCCCCCGGAAGACGUGCCGUCCGCGCCAUGUGCUUCUCCCCGCUGGUGACUGCUAGUGUGCUCUCCAUAUCUUCCAAGAAAAAAGGACUGAGUGCAGAGGAGAAGAGAGCCCGCAUGAUGGAAAUAUUUUUUGAGACGAAAGAUGUAUUUCAGUUAAAAGACAUGGAGAAGAUUGCUCCCAAAGAAAAAGGCAUUACUGCUAUGUCAGUAAAAGAAGUUCUUCAAAGCUUGGUUGAUGAUGGCAUGGUUGACUGUGAGAGAAUUGGAACGUCUAAUUAUUAUUGGGCUUUUCCAAGUAAAGCUCUUCACACCAGGAAGCGUAAAUUGGAGGUUCUGGAAUCUCAGUUAUCCGAGGGAAACCAAAAGCACGCCAACCUACAGAAAAGCAUCGAGAAAGCAAAAAUUGGACGACAUGAAACGGAAGAGCGAACCAUGCUAGCAAAAGAGCUUUCUUCACUUCGAGACCAAAAAGAACAGUUAAAGGCCGAAGUAGAAAAAUACAAAGAAUGUGACCCACAGGUUGUGGAAGAAAUGCGUCAAGCAAAUAAAGUGGCCAAAGAAGCAGCUAACAGAUGGACUGAUAACAUAUUUGCCGUAAAAUCUUGGGCCAAAAGGAAAUUUGGGUUUGAAGAAAACAAAAUCGAUAAAAAUUUUGGAAUUCCAGAAGACUUUGACUACAUAGACUAAAAUGUUUGGUCUUGGUAAAGGAUCUGUGUGCUUGUGAAUGUGUACAUUUUUUUAUUUUUAUACAGUUAAAUGUACUGAAUUGUCAUUUACCUGUAAUUGUGUUUAUUGUUUUAUUCAUUUUAAAUAAAGUAUAAAAUGUA